AUGUCGACCAUCAAAGACAUCACAACCUACGAGGAGUGGCAGGCCCACAUUGCCUCCCUCCCACCCACCACGCUCCUCAUCAUCUCCUUCCAUGCCCCCUGGGCCGCGCCCUGCGCACAGAUGGCCACCGUCCUCAAGACGCUAGCCGCCGAAUACCCAGCCAACGGCGAGACGUCCUGGGUGUCCCUCAACGCCGAGGACCUGAGCGACGUGAGCGAGCACUACGACGUGACCGCGGUCCCGUUCCUGGUCAUCUCCAAGAACGGCCAGACCCUCGAGACCGUCAGCGGCAGCAGCGUCGUCAAGGUGCGCGCGGCGAUCGAGACACACGCGGGCAAGCCGGGCGCCGGAGCCGGCGCAGCGACGACGAACGGCGAUGUGGAUAUGGUUGACAAGGCCGAGGAGGAGCAGGAGCAGGAUCCCGAGAAGACCAAGGAGGAGCUGAACAAGAGGCUGGCGGAGCUGGUCAAGGCGGCGCCGGUGAUGCUGUUCAUGAAGGGCACCCCGAGCUCGCCGCAGUGCGGCUUCUCCAGGCAGAUGGUCGCGAUGCUGCGCGAGAACGCCGUCAAGUACGGCUUCUUCAACAUCUUGGCGGACGACGAGGUGCGGCAGGGCCUGAAGGAGUUCGCGGACUGGCCGACGUAUCCUCAGUUGUGGAUCGACGGCGAGCUGGUUGGCGGUCUAGACAUAGUGAAGGAGGAGCUGGCCAACGACACAGAGUUCUUCAAGCCAUAUAGCGUCAAGUCCAACGGAGAAGCUGUCACGGCAUCUUGA